AUGGGCACAACUCCCCUCGCCAGUCUCCCUCGAGACUGCUGGCUGAAGAUAUUAGAGUAUCUGCCAAACCAAGAUUCGAACAACUUGUCAAAGGUUUCACACGACACUCGUGCCUCCACUGAGCCUUUCCUGUAUCGGUCAAUUCACUGGGACUGGCAGCAUCCCCCCAUUGAUAAAAUCCUGCUCCUCCUCCGGACUAUCUCCGAGCGGCCAGAGCUGGCUUCCUACAUCUGGCAUGUCAGUCUGGUAUGGUGGGACGUGGAGUCCCGGAGAACAGAGGUCACUGUCCCCGAAGGAAGGGCCGAAUGGAACAAGAUGAUGCUAGAAUAUAGGCACACUUUGAUUUGGGCCCGGAAGCUUGUUCGAGACGCGAACUUCCCGGCAAAUCGCGAUAUCAGAUGGCUCGGACGGCUUUUUGAUGGAGACGCCUACGCGUACGCCACAGUGCUGAUCUUGCAACUUCACAACCUUCGCAGCCUUCGACUAGACUUUUCAUUCGUGCUUGAAGAGGGCUUUCCCGGGGAAAUGUUGCAUCACUCUCUCUUCGGCGACGCACCCCUUGGCAUGUUAAGUCAAUUCUCAAAAUUGGAAAUGGUCGACUAUGGAAGCAACUUUCCUCCCACUGAAUUACGCGACAAUAUCAAACUGCCAAGAAGCUGUCAGUUCAUCCCUUGGUUCUACCUUCCUUCCUUGAAGGUUCUCGAGAUAUGGCUCCUUAGUGUGGAGGGUAUUUCUGUCCUCCCUGAGAAGACACCGAAAAUACCCUUGAAUUUGUCAAAAUUGCGCAGUCUUGUUAUUUCCAAAACAUCUCUUUUGCCUGAGGAAAUCGCUUCGCUGCUGUCUCAAGUGCCAUAUCUGGAGUCCUUACAUGUGGGUAUGGUCUACAAAUGCCGCGCAACAGCCGAAUUUCUCAAAGCACCCGAAUGCCUCCUUCGUUCCUUGGAAACUUCAAGUCAAACGAUCGAACAUCUCUCUAUCAGCUUAGAGCUUCUCCCAUGUUGUCUACAAGCCUUCACUCUGCGUGUGAGGAAUCAAGCUGGUAAGGCUUUUUGUGGCAUGUUGAUGAAGUUUCCCAAAUUAAAAACGGCAUCUCUACCGCUCAAAUUUCUCAUUGGCUGUGGUACCCCUUCCUGGGAACUUCGCGAUGUACUGCCAUCAACUCUCGAAGCCAUUCAUAUAAGCCAUGAUCUCUGGCCAGCCUUAGGCCUGACGGAAUUCGGAAUGCAAACACUCAAGGCAUUUGAGUUACUAAUGAGACACAAACAGGAUGGUUCUCAUCCUUACCUGAACACCUUCUCCUACCAGGGAAUGCUUCAGUUUGACAAUGAACUCAAUGCUGUGGGCUUCCUUUCCCGGAGCAACUACAUCUACUUGGUUAAGCAGGAAGCAAUGCAUCUAUUCUGCCGCAGGAAAAGGUACAAUCUAUUUUCUCAGUAUUCUGACUGCACACAUGGUUUCAUGUUGAGGGGUGUGAUCCUGGUAGACAACGUCGUCUACCGGCUCCCUUGGCCGUUCGUUGGGGUCGAUGAGCUCCCCACAAGCAUGCCUCAACAUUUGAGGAUUACUGCCCAAUCGAACGGGGCCAAUGUGUAG